AAAAUACUCUCAAACACAAACUAGCAGAGCAGCCGCCAGUCCACCAGCACCGCAACAUACAUGACAACGCAUGACAAACCGCUACCAUCACCACCACCACCACCACCACCACCAUCACCACAAAUCGAGUUAGUCAUCGAUUCAACCAUCCUCAAACCAGAUGACCACGACGGAAUUUUGAUCGUAAUCAAAGGCCUGGUUUUUCCGGUGUUAACACGGUGUCAUGCAGGCUACUUUCGCAUCACCCUCUCCCUUUGCUGUCAAGCCCUUCUCUGGAAAACCCUCAAAGACCCGCCGGAAAACGCUCACGCUUACCGUAGAAUGCUCGGCGUGUUUCCCUCCACCGCCUUCCUUCUCCUCUGGUCACUAUCGCUGCUCAUUCUAGCAUCACUCUCUAUCUUAUACAUCUUAAGAUGCGCAUUAUUUUCCGAUAUGGUUAAAAGCGAAUACCUGAAUCAUAUCGGAGUUAACUACCUCUUUGCACCAUCAAUCUCAUGGCUUCUUUUGCUUCAAUCGGCGCCGUUUUUCACACCAAAAACGAUCUACUACCUUCUUCUUUGGUGGGUUUUCGUGGUUCCGAUAUUCGUUCUCGACGUGAAGAUAUACGGGCAGUGGUUCACGAAAGGGAAGCGUAUUCUGUCGACGGUGGCAAACCCGGCGAGCCAGCUUUCGGUGGUCGGAAACUUCGUCGGAGCUCGUGCAGCGGCUCAGAUGGGGUGGAAGGAGAGUGCUAUGGUGAUGUUUGCGUUAGGGAUGAUACAUUAUCUUGUGGUUUUCGUGACGCUUUAUCAGAGAAUGUCGGAAAACAACUGCCUUCCGGCGAUGCUCCGACCGGUUAUGUUCUUGUUCAUUGCAGCUCCGAGCAUGGCAAGCUUAGCAUGGGACUCCAUCUCCGGGACGUUUGACUUUUCGUCAAAGAUGCUUUUUUAUCUUUCUCUCUUUCUAUUCUUGUCAUUGAUAACAAGACCAAAUUUAUUCAAAAAAUCAAUGAAGAAAUUCAAUGUGGUAUGGUGGGCAUAUUCAUACCCAUUAACAGUUUUAGCAUUGGCUUCAACAGAAUAUGCACAAGAGACCAAGAGUAGCAUUGCUCAUUUGCUUAUGCUUCUUCUUUCAUUACUUUCGGUCAUGGUUUCCAUUGUUCUAAUGGUCUAUACAGCCCUAAACACAAACAUCCUUUUGCCACCAGAUGACUUGUAUGGUCCAACUGUUGUAACUGUGGGUCCCAUUACUAUUAGUAGUGUAAGUUCAAAUUCGUGUUUGGGAUCAUCUACUUCAUGACCAAAAGAUCCGUCUUACGGGAAAAAAAGAUGUAUCGAUGCU